AUGCGCAAGCCUGGGGCAGGUCUGGCAAGUGGCUACUCCAUGACCCCCCCAACCCUAAACAUCACGGAGGAGACAUACAUCAUUGACUCCAGUGACAGCCUAUCGAUCUCCUGCAGGGGGCAGCACCCCCUCGAGUGGGCCUGGCCAGGGGCUCACGAGACACCAGCCACGGGGGAGAAGGACGGUGAGGACACAGGGGUUGUUCGAGACUGCGAGGGCACGGACACCAGGCCCUACUGCAAGGUGCUGCUGCUGCCCGAGGCCCACGCCAACAACACGGGCAGCUACCGUUGCUACUACAAGUACAUCAAAGCCCGCAUAGAGGGUACCACCGCGGCCAGCACCUAUGUGUUCGUGAGAGACUUGGAGCAGCCGUUCAUCAACAAGCCAGACACGCUUCUAGUCAACAGGAAGGAUUCCAUGUGGGUGCCCUGCCUGGUGUCCAUCCCUGGCCUCAACGUCACGCUGCGAUCGCAAAACUCAGCACUGCGGCCUGAUGGGCAGGAGGUGGUGUGGGACGACCGCCGGGGUAUGCGGGUGCCCACACCACUGCUGCGCGACGCCCUGUACCUGCAGUGUGAGACCACCUGGGGUGGCCAGGCCUUCCUGUCCAACCCGUUCCUCGUGCACAUCACAGGCAACGAGCUCUAUGACAUCCAGCUGUUCCCCAAGAAGUCGCUGGAGCUGCUGGUUGGGGAGAAGCUGGUCCUGAACUGCACUGUGUGGGCCGAGUUCAACUCAGGUGUCACCUUUGACUGGGACUAUCCAGGGAAGCAGGCAGAGCGGGGUAAGUGGGUGCCAGAGCGGCGCUCCCAGCAGACUCACACAGAGCUCUCCAGCAUCCUGACCAUCCACAACGUCAGCCAGCAUGACCUGGGCCCGUAUGUGUGUGAGGCCAACAACGGCAUCCAGCGAUUCCGAGAGAGCACUGAGGUCAUUGUGCAUGAAAAGCCCUUCAUCAGCGUCGAGUGGCUCAAGGGUCCUGUCCUGGAGGCCACCGCAGGAGAUGAGUUGGUGAAGCUGCCUGUGAAGCUAGCAGCGUACCCCCCGCCGGAGUUCCAAUGGUACAAGGACAGAAAGUCAGUGUCCGGGCGCCAUAGUCCGCAUGCCCUGGUGCUCAAGGAGGUGACGGAGGCCAGUGCAGGCAUCUACACCCUCGCCCUGUGGAACUCUGCGGCCGGCCUGCGGUGCAACAUCAGCCUGGAGCUGGUGGUGAACGUGCCCCCCCACAUCCACGAGAAGGAGGCCUCCUCCCCCAGCACCUACUCCCGCCACAGCCGCCAGGCCCUCACCUGCACUGCCUAUGGGGUGCCCCCUCCUCUCAGCGUCCAGUGGCACUGGAGGCCAUGGACCCCCUGCAAGACCUUCACCCAGCGCAGCCUCAGCCGGCGGCAGCAGAGAGACCACAUGCCACAGUGCCGUGACUGGAGAGAGGUGACCACACAGGAUGCAGUGAACCCCAUUGAAAGUCUGGACACCUGGACCGAAUUUGUAGAGGGGAAGAAUAAGACGGUGAGCAAGCUGGUGAUCCAGGAUGCCAACGUGUCUGCCAUGUACAAGUGCAUGGUCUUCAACAAAGUGGGCCAGGACGAGCGGCUCAUCUACUUCUACGUGACCAACAUCCCUGACGGCUUCAGCAUAGUAUCCGAGCCAUCCGAAGAACCCCUAGAGGGCCAAGACGUGCGCCUGAGCUGCCGGGCGGACAACUACACCUACGAGAAUCUGCGUUGGUACCGCCUCAACCUGUCCACGCUGCACGAUGCGCACGGGAACCCACUGCUGCUCGACUGCAAGAACGUGCACCUCUUCGCUACGCCGCUGGCAGCCAGCCUGGAGGAGGCGGAGCCAGGGGCGCGCCACGCCACACUCAGCCUGACCAUCCCCCGCGUGGCUCCAGAGCACGAAGGCGAUUACGUAUGCGAGGUGCAGGACCGUCGCAGCCACGACAAGCACUGCCACAAGAAGUACCUGUCAGUGCAGGCCCUGGAAGCCCCGCGGCUCACACAGAACUUGACCGAUCUCCUGGUGAAUGUGAGCGACUCUCUGGAGAUGCGGUGCCCCGUGGCAGGGGCGCACGUGCCCAGCAUCUUGUGGUACAAAGACGAGAGGCUACUGGAGGAAGAGUCCGGAAUCUACCUGGCAGACUCCAACCAGAAACUGAGCAUACAGCGCGUGCGUGAGGAAGACGCGGGACGCUAUCUGUGCAGCGUGUGCAACGCCAAGGGCUGCGUCAAUUCCUCCGCCAGCGUGGCCGUGGAAGGCUCCGAAGAUAAAGGCAGCAUGGAGAUCGUGAUCCUUGUCGGCACCGGGGUCAUCGCUGUCUUCUUCUGGGUCCUCCUCCUCCUCAUCUUCUGUAACAUGAGGAGGCCAGCCCAUGCAGACAUCAAGACAGGCUACCUGUCCAUCAUCAUGGACCCUGGGGAGGUGCCUCUGGAGGAGCAGUGUGAAUACCUGUCCUAUGAUGCCAGCCAAUGGGAGUUCCCCCGGGAGCGGCUGCACCUCGGGAGAGUUCUCGGCCAUGGGGCCUUCGGGAAGGUGGUGGAAGCCUCGGCUUUUGGAAUCAACAAGGGCAGCAGCUGUGACACUGUGGCAGUGAAAAUGCUGAAAGAGGGCGCCACAGCUAGCGAGCACCGAGCCUUGAUGUCGGAGCUCAAGAUCCUAAUCCACAUUGGCAACCACCUCAACGUGGUCAACCUCCUGGGGGCGUGCACCAAGCCAAAUGGCCCCCUCAUGGUUAUCGUGGAGUUCUGCAAGUACGGCAAUCUCUCCAACUUCUUGCGUGCCAAGCGGGAGGCCUUCAACCCCUAUGCUGAGAAGUCCCCUGAGCAGCGAAGGCGCUUCCGCGCCAUGGUGGAAGGCGCCAAGGCUGACCGGAGGCCAGGAAGCAGCGACAGGGCCCUCCUCUCCAGGCUCCUGAUCGGCAAGGGCGGGGCAGGACGGGCCCCUCCGGUCCAAGAACCCCGGGACCUGUGGCUGAGCCCGCUGACCAUGGAAGACCUUGUCUGCUACAGCUUCCAGGUGGCCCGAGGGAUGGAGUUCCUCGCUUCACGCAAGUGUAUUCACAGAGACCUGGCUGCUCGGAACAUCUUGCUGUCAGAAAGUGAUGUGGUGAAGAUCUGUGACUUCGGCCUGGCCCGCGACAUCUACAAAGACCCUGACUACGUGCGCAAGGGCAGCGCCCGGCUGCCUCUGAAGUGGAUGGCCCCUGAGAGCAUCUUUGACAAAGUGUACACCACGCAGAGUGACGUGUGGUCCUUUGGGGUGCUGCUCUGGGAGAUCUUCUCCCUGGGGGCCUCCCCCUACCCUGGGGUGCAGAUCAAUGAGGAGUUCUGUCAGCGGCUAAAAGAGGGCACACGGAUGAGAGCCCCAGAGCUGGCCACUCCCGCCAUACGUGGCGUCAUGCUGAGCUGCUGGUCAGGAGACCCCAAAGAGAGGCCUGCGUUCUCGGAGCUGGUGGAGAUCCUGGGGGACCUGCUCCAGGGCAGGGGCCAACAGGAGGAGGAGGACUGCAUGGCUCCCUGCAGCUCUCAGAGCUUGGAGGAAGGCAGUUUCUUGCAGGCGUCCACCACAGCCCUGCACAUCGCCGAGGCCGACACCGAGGACAGCCCGCCAAGCCUGCACCGGCACAGCCUGGCAGCCAGAUACUACAACUGUGUGUCCUUUCCUGGGUGCCUAGCCAGAGGGACUCAGACCCAGGGCUCCUCCAGGAUGAAAACAUUCGAAGAAUUUCCCAUGACCCCAACAACCUACAAGGCCUCCGUGGAUAACCAAACGGACAGUGGGAUGGUGCUAGCCUCCGAGGAGUUUGAGCAGCUGGAGAGCAGGUACAGACAAGAAAGCGGGCUCAGCUGUAAAGGACCUGGCCGGAAUGUGGACGCGACCAGGGCGCACCCUGACACCCAAGGGCGGCGGCGGAGGCCGGACCGCGGGGCGCGGGGAGGCCAGGUGUUCUACAACAGCGAGUAUGGGGAGCUGGUGGGUCCACACGAUGUGGGGGACUGCCCACCGUCUGCCCGUGCACGCUUCUUUGCAGACGACUGUUACUGA